UUUACCUGUGUUUGCCAAAGAUGGUGAUGGGUAUCGAUAAAGCCAGGAGAAAUGAUCUUCCCUGUGCAAUCGAUAACUCUCCCUUCAUGAUCACGCUGAGUCAAGUCCUUGCCAAUCGCCUUAAUGUUACCUUCGACCAGGAUGUCGUGCUCCCUCAACGCCACCACAUUGUCUCCUUCAUGGGAGAGAACAGUAUCAUUCCGGAGCAGGAUCCACGCCAUGGCUCGAUGAAGUUAUUGACUAUUCAAUUGCAGUCGAGCUCCCCGCCGAAUCAACCCUUCCCAUCCGCGAAGGACAACGUAAGAUAUAUUGACACGCCAUCCAGACACCACCAACCCCAGAAACGGAUCAAAUCCCUCUUCCGGCUUCCCGUCAAUCACGAGGCCAUGGUAUAUUCCUUGGUCAUUGGUGAUGUGAAGGAAUUGGUGUGGAACUACGUCGGGCUCCGCCACGCCCAAGUCCUGAAGACCGAAUCUAGUUGAUCGAAAAUGA